AUGUACGAUGACGAGGAAGAAUAUUCAACGGAAUUCAGUAAUGAUGCCGAGCAAUUCGCACGCGCACUAGACACAAUCUCGAACUUUGACGGUCCAAGAGCGGAAAAGCGGAUUGCGAUCCUGAAUCUUGUGGAUAAGUACUACAUGAUCUCGCGCGAAAAGCUUGAAAUUGCCCGCGAUGCCACCAACAGCCGAUCCAGAGUACGAGACCGUGGCUCUGAGGACAGGUACAGCCAGGACUCUAUGGACGUGGACCAGGCCAAUGCGGAUGUUCUGGAACUGUCGGACGAAGAACUAGCAACACUGGAGCGCGAGACACAGACAUGGGAUUUCCUACGGCGCCUGUUGCCGCUGCGAUACCCGGAAAAGAAGACUGUUCAGCUCAAGCGUCGGGAACCCGCCAAGAUUGCACCAGGUGCCGAUAUUUGGGAAGAGUUCUUGCAAUCGGAUGUCACCGCACAGGAGCGCAAGCAGAUACUUGAAGUUCUCCAGAUCACGGCCGAUGAUUCCGGGGCUGACAUUAAUGAUAUGGUGCGAGACCUUCAGCAGAACGCCGACCGAGGCGACAUUGUAGCCCAUGGCUGGUUACACACGCGAUCAGCCAUCAAGAUGCAAAAAGGCUUGAACGGAUGGACUGGCCCACUGGACCCAAACUCUCAGCACGUCACCGACUCAAGUGGUGCAAAAUCCCUCGUGACUCAGCUCGACCCAGAUGUGAUCACAAGACAAGGACGAAAACUGCAACCUCAAGACGAGUACUUUGAACGUGCCAUAUGGCUGGGAUGCUACGAGCUGCUUCGAAGGGGCAGGAGCAUUUCAGAAAUUCGCGAUUGGUGCGUCGAGAGGACCGAGGUAUGGCGUGCUGUGAGUAUGUCGGCGAUGCCUCUGUCCGAAGAUCGCAACGAGAAAGGCUCCAUAUCAAAUCCCCUAGCUCUUUUGCUGUGGCGAAGGACAUGCUACGCAUUGGCACGAUCAGGCGGGACGGACGAUUUCGAACGUGCAGUGUAUGGUAUACUGUCUGGUGAUGUCAAGACGGUGUCACCAGUCUGUACUUCCUGGGACGAUCAUGUCUUUGCACAAUGCAACGCUCUUUUACGGUCUCAGUUUGACUCGUACGUACAAAAAAGGCUGCCACGGGAUACUACACAGGCUGUCAGUCAGCUCCAAGCCUUUGAUGCCGUCCAUGCCCACGGAGAUACUGGAACUGUGAGCGAGGCUUGGCUCAACACCCUCGAGACAAACGAAAAUACUGCCAAAGAAGCACGGCUUCCCAUCAAGGGCUUGCAAUCAGCAAUCAUCUCGAAUACUAUUGACCAAUUCAUCGAGAACGAAGGUCUGGUACUAGGAAAGCAAGCAAAUCAACAUGAAAAAUCACGUCUCAUCCCCUCUUCAACCAAGUUCCGGGCGAGCUUGGAUUCUGAAAAGUAUUUCCCCUUGGCCGACCAGAAUGGACUGCGUAUCUUGGUCCAUGUAUACUUGCUUUUAGCAGAGCUAGAAGACUGGCAAGGCGAUGAGGCCGAUGCAGAGUCUAGAAAAGUUCAGGAGAACUCUCUGGCCGCUUACAUCAGUGCCCUACGUCUUAACAGCAUGGUUGAGCUACUGCCGCUAUACUGCUCAAAACUCAAAGGCGAGCGGGCUUUUUACACCCUCAGUCGCAAUGUCAGUGCAGUUGUUGACGUGGAAGACCGCAAGGUGUUGCUGAGAAUUAUGGAAAAGCUUGGCAUGGACAUUGCCGAGUUUGUGGUAUUCCAGCCGCACUCACUACUGAAGGAGCAUCCCGAGGAACCCACUGACUCACUUUCCGCCGGUUUCAAGCUGCUGAUGGAUGAACCACCCACGGUCAGGUUCGGUCGCCGCCUGAUGCCAGACUUUCUGGGUGAGACCUUGGAUAGGCUUGAUCCUGUUGACGAGCAGCUUAUACAAUCCCUCGAGUGGAUGCUGCUCGUUGAUGGACUGUGGGACGAGACUUUUGCCGUGGGAGUCACCAUCUACAAGCGCUUUUUGAAAUCCUACAAUCUUCAGGCAGCUCUUGCGCUGUCUAAGCGAGUGACUUGUGCAGAUAUUUUCAGAAUCAAAGCCGGCGUUUCGGUACCCGAUGACAGCAAUCCAUUAUGGUUCGGCGAGGCAGUCGAGAGUGGCCAGUUCGCCGAUGAGGUCGGCCAAUUUGGAUCACUGACCGUGGCUCGUAACUUCUUGGAUCUCGAAUCCCUGAUGCGCGCCUUGGACUCGAUGGAGACGGUUGGCGCUUCUGCAGAUCUGCAACUUGACCCCACGUUUGAAAGAACGCCUGAAUUUCUGCCUACCCUUGGCGGCCAUAUCAAAUUCGUCAAGGCAUUCAUGGUGCCUAUUCUCCAAAAUUGGCUCCUGGAGCGUGAGGAUGAUGAUCCCGACUUUGAUCUCCUGCGCGAAAUGUAUCUUCCAGAAGUGAUAUUGGGUUACGUCAGUGUGCUGCACUAUGGUGGCACAAGCCUUUCCCGAGACAGCUUACUUGAAGCCAUGGAGCUCGCAGCCAUGAUUGCUGAGAAGGACUCGGGUAUUGCACCCGUGAUGGUGAAGAGUGGUCGCAUGAAGGAACUUAUCGAAGCGUUUGCAAAUUGCUCCAAGGCACUAGCGAUCAACAGCGAAGACAAGCGCAAAGGAGGCAGCGGGUCCAACAAGAAGUUCAGAGAAAUGGGCUGGAACAGGGAGCUAUGGAGCAUCAAGCGAUGA